CAAGAUCACCUGCUCAUGUCCUGCUGACGUCAUCUCCCUAGUUCCGCUUCCUGGAUGUUUGAAUGGUUUGCGCUGUGUGAUUAUUUUCCUCAGUAAUAAUAAGAUUCCCUGCUCAACAUGGAGAAAGGAGGAAUAUCAGCCAUACUGUUUGACCUGGACAACACUCUGGUGGACACAGCGACAGCGGGACAGCUGGCCUUGAGCAAGGUAUGUGAGCUGUUGAGAUCUAAACUGAAGGACACAAACACCAGCGAUAUUUGUCAGAGGUUUGCCCGUAAACUUCACGAGGAAAGGUUUGAUCCGUCUGCAGGCAGAACGAUAGACGACGUUCGGAUAAAUCACUGGCACGAGGCCCUGCAGGAAGCAGAAAGUGUGGAUCCUGGCCGCGCUCUGGCCUCAGACUGCUACUACACUUGGAAAACCACACGUCUCCAGGCUCUAGCAUUAUCUCCUGAAGUUUUAACCUUGCUGCAAGAGCUCAAGUGCUCAUACAAACUGCUGCUGCUGACUAACGGUGAUGCCCAGACGCAGCGGGAGAAACUGGAGGCAGUGAGAUGUGAGGGACUCUUCAGCAAUGUGGUGGUAGGAGGAGAACAUGCUGAGCAGAAGCCUGCAGUUUCCAUUUUCACACACUGCUUCGAGCAGCUGGGGGUGAAGCCACAGGACUGCAUCAUGGUGGGAGAUUCGCUGGACACAGAUAUCCAGGGUGGAUUUGAUGCAGGGGUUCAAGCUACAGUGUGGAUUAACAAGAGCACAGACGCUCUUCCAGAGAACAGUGUGUCUCCUGACUACACCAUUCCCUCUGUGCUGGACUUGCCUAAUGUUUUAGCUAAGCUGAAAUGAUACUUUUUUUUAAGCUUUGGAAAAACAUUUUAUAACCUUUACUGAUUUUGAACACUAUUCCAAUCUUAUAGAGUUGCAUGAAAUACAUUUUUUAUGUUUUUUUAAUAAUACUUUUAUUGUAAUAAUCACACAGAGAUGGGAUCAGUAUGACAAUAUCAUAUCGAUAUUGUGUCACAAGUCCCAAUACCUUUUUUUAGACAUUAUAGAGAUCCCCAAAAAUGGCAUUUUACUCACAGUAAUGGAUUAACAGGUGAUUGGAUAUUAAAAUGUAUCUUCUUAACAACAGUUUAAUUCUUCCUCCCUUUCAAGUUAUUUUUGAAUAAAGAAGUUAUUAUAUGUCAAUUUUAAA